AUGAAACAGAGAGGAGAAAGAUAUAAAUGCUUGGAAUGUGAGAAGAGCUUCCAUAGGAGCAGUGCACUAGCUAUGCACCAAGAGAUUCACACAGGGGAGAAGCCGUAUGAAUGCUUGGUGUGUGGAAAGUGCUUCUCUUGGAAUGGUGAUCUAACUAAUCAUCAAAAGGUCCACACAGGGGAAAAACCAUAUACAUGCUUGGAGUGUGGAAAGUGCUAUACUCGGAAUCACCACCUAACUGCACAUCAAAGGAUUCACACAGGGGAGAAGCCAUACAAAUGCCUGGAGUGUGGAAAGUGCUUCUCUUUGAAUAGUGAUCUAACUAAACAUAAAAAGGUUCACACAGGAGAGAAACCAUAUCCAUGCUUGGAGUGUGGAAAGUGCUUUUCUCGGAAUCACCACCUAACUGCGCAUCAAAGGAUUCACACAGGGGAGAAGCCAUAUACAUGCUUGGAGUGUGGAAAGUGCUUCUCUCAGAAUAGCAGCCUAACUGCACAUCAAAAGCUUCACACAGGGGAGAAGCCACACAAAUGCCUGGAGUGUGGAAAGUGCUUUUAUCGGCAUACCCACCUAACAGCACAUCAAAAGAUUCACACAGGGGAGAAGCCAUAUAAAUGCUUGGAGUGUGGAAAGUGCUACUCUCGGACUGACAGCCUAACUGCACAUCAAAGGAUUCACACAGGGGAGAAGCCGUACAAAUGCCUGGAGUGUGCAAAGUGCUUCUCUCAGAAUAGCACCCUAAUUGUACAUCAAAGGAUUCACACAGGGGAGAAGCCCCACAAAUGCCUGGAGUGUGGAAAGUGCUUCUAUCGGAAUGGUGACCUAACCAAACAUCAAAAGAUUCACAGAGUGGAGAAGCCGUAUCAGUGCUUGGAGUGUGGAAAGUGUUUCUCUGAGAAUGGCACCCUAACGGUAUAUGAAAAAGUUUACACUGGGGAAAUGCCGUAUAAAUUCCUCGAGUGUGGAAAGAGCUUCCCCUGCAGUACUGAACUAACUGCACAUCAGAGGAUUGACGCAGGGCAGAGGCAUGUGAAUUCUCCAAGUGUGGAAAGAGGUUCAGUCACAGUUGAAGCCUUAUCUUACACCACAAACUUCAUACAGUGGCAUAGCCUUCCAAUCACAUUUAGAUCUCGAAUUGUGCUCUGGAGGGAGAGUCACUCUGGGGACUGGAACAGAAAUGAUAUGAAUGGCAAAAAAAAGGUAUCCCCACCAUUUGUCUUUUUCACCCUCCCAGGCAGCCGCGGAAAGAAACCUUCAAUGCCUUCUUCGCUGUCUCUGUGUGGUGGAGGGAAAAGAUCCGCCAUGAGGCCUGCUCAGAAUCGAGUGUCCUUUGAAGAGGUGGCUGUGUAUUUCACCCCGGGGGAGUGGACUCUGCUGAGCCCAGCCCAGAGAGCUCUCUACAAGGAGGUCAUGCUGGAGAAUUUUGGGAACGUGGCCUCUCUGGGACCAGUGACUGCCAAACCUGACCUCAUCUCCUGGCUGGAAAGAGACGGAGAAGAAGAGCUGUUCUUCCUGUUCUCAGCUGAAGAGGAAGGACUGGCAGCCAGGGGUAUGCAGAGAAUGCAGAGGGAGGCGAAAAAAUAUAAAUGCCUGGAAUGUGGAAAAAGUUUCAAGCGGAGUGACAGCCUUACUUCCCAUCAAAGAAUUCAUACUGCGGAGAAACCAUAUAAGUUCCUGAAAUGUGGAGAAAGCUUCAAUCAGAGUGGAAUCCUUAUGUAUCAUUGGAGAAUUCACACACAUGAGAAACCAUAUCAAAACCUCAAAUCUGGGAGAGGCUUCAAGCAAAUUGGAAGCCUUAUGUAUCAUCGGAAAAUUCACACAGAGGAGAAACCUUAUAAAUGCCUAGAGUGUGGAAAAAGCCUUAGAAGCAGGAAAAGCCUAAUUUAUCACGAAAGAAUUCAUACAGGGGAGAAACCAUAUAAAUGUCGAGAGUGUGGAAAAAGCUUUCGACAGAAAAAUAUAUUAACUUCCCAUCAAAGAGUUCACACCGGGGAGAAACCGUAUAAAUGUUUGGAGUGUGGAAACUGCUUUAGUGGCAAAGGAAGCCUUACUUACCAUGAAAGAAUUCAUACAGGGGAGAAACCGUAUAAAUGUCUGGAGUGUGGAAAAAGCUUUCUACGGAAGGAUACUCUGACUUUUCAUCAAAGAAUUCACACAGGGGAGAAACCAUAUAAAUGCCUGGAGUGUGGAAAAGGCUUUAGUAGCAAAGACAACCUUACUUACCAUGAAAGAAUUCAUAGAGGGGAGAAACCCUAUAAAUGUCAGAAGUGUGGGAAAAGCUUUCGACAGAAGAAGAUAUUAACUGUCCAUCAAAGAUUUCACACACACGAGAACCCAUAUAAAUGCCAGGAGUGUGGAAACUGCUUUACUAGCAAACAAAGCCUUACUUACCAUGAAAGAAUUCAUACAGGGGAGAAACCAUAUACAUGUCUAGAGUGUGGGAAAAGCUUUCAACGGAAGGAUACUCUGAAUUUCCAUCGAAGAAUUCACACAAGGGAGAAACCAUAUAAAUGCCUGGAGUGCGGGAAAAGCUUUAGUCAGAGUAACCACCUUACUUCCCAUAAACGAAUUCACACAGGUGAGAAACCAUAUAAAUGCCUGGAGUGUGGAAAGUGCUUUAGUUGCAAAGGAAGCCUUACUUACCAUGAAAGAAUUCAUACAGGGGAGAAACCAUAUCAAUGCCUAGAGUGUGGGAAAAGCCUUAGAAGCAAAAAAGGGCUUGUUUACCAUGAAAGAAUUCAUAAAGGGGAGACACCAUAUAAAUGCCUGGAGUGUGGAAAAGGCUUUAGUAGCAAAGGAAGCCUUUCUUACCAUGAAAGAAUUCAUACAGGGGAGAAGCCAUAUAAAUGCUUGGAAUGUGAGAAAAGCUUUAUAUGCAAGGAUAAGUUAACUUCCCAUCAAAGAAUUCAUACAGGGGAAAAACCAUAUAAAUGCCUGGAGUGUGGAAAGUGCUUUAGUUGCAAAGGAAGCCUUACUUACCAUGAAAGAAUUCAUACAGGGGAGAAACCAUUUAAAUGUCUGGACUGUGGGAAAAGUUUUCGACAGAAUAAAGUAUUAACUUAUCAUCAAAGAAUCCAUACAGGGGAGGAACCAUACAAAUGCCUGGAGUGUGGAAAAAGCUUUCUAUGCAAGGUUAAGUUAACCUCCCAUCAAAGAAUUCACACAGGGGAGUUCCCAUAUAAAUGUCUGGAGUGUGGAAAGUGCUUUAGUUGCAAAACAAGCCUUACUUACCAUGAAAGAAUUCAUACAGGGGAGAAACCAUAUAAAUGUCUGGAGUGUGGAAAAAGCUUUCGACAAAAUAUAUUAACUUCCCAUCAAAGAACUCACACAGGGGAGAAACCACAUAAAUGUCUGGAGUGUGGAAAGUGCUUUAGUUGCAAAACAAGCCUUACUUACCAUGAAAGAAUUCAUACAGGGGAGAAACCAUAUAAAUGCCUGGAGUGUGGAAAGGCCUUCAGUUGCAAGAAAAGCCUUACUAACCAUGGAAAACUUCAUAUGGGAGAAACCAUAUGUAUGACUGGAAUGUCAAAAAAGGUUUCCACAGAAGGAUAA